GAACACGAGGACAGCGACGAGGAGUGGAGGGGCAGCGCGGGGUCUCCGAGUGACGACAGCGACAGCAGCCACAAGUGUAAGAAGAGGAAGGGGCCUCGCCUGCCGAUGGCACCGACGCUGCACCCCAACAAAAAAGCUAAAUCGCGGAUCUGCUGUAAAGUCUGCGGGAAGGCCUUCCACGCCAACGUCUCUCUGGUCAACCACAUGGAAGUUCACCCCAAGGACGUCUGCGGCGUGUGCGGGGAACGCUUCGAGACCGAGGACGACUUUCAGGCUCACCUGAAGACGCACGUGAAAGCCGAAGUCUGCGGCGUCUGCGGGAAAUGCUUCGGGGCGUCGAGCUCCCUGCAGACGCACAUGCGGAUCCACACGGGGGAGAAACCGUUCAACUGCAGCGAGUGCGGGAAGUCCUUCAACUGCCGCCACAACAUGAUGCGACACAUCAGGAUCCACACGGGGGAAAAGCCGUAUCCGUGCACCGUCUGCGGCAAAUGCUUCAACGACUACUCCACCCUGAAGCGCCACCUGCUGGUUCACGUGCACAAGAAGCACAGCGAGCCGAGCAACGCGUCUGCAUACGAGAGCGAAGGCGGCAACGGUGACGGCGACGGCGAGGCGAAGAUGAAGCCGUCGUCGCCCAAAAAGCCGCACACUCGCACCAUAUGUGAAGUGUGCGGGAAAAUGUUCCACUCCAUGGUCUCCCUGGUGAAUCACGCCAAAAGUCACGCCACGGACCUCUGCGGCGUUUGCGGGACGCACUUCGACUCGGAGGAGGACUUGAAGCUUCACCUGAAGACUCACAAAAACGGGAAAGUGUGCGAGGUGUGCGGGAAGUGCUUCGACAGCCAGGGAAACCUGGAGAUGCACAUGAGGAUCCACACGGGGGAGAAACCGUUCCUCUGCAGCGAGUGCGGGAAGUCCUUCAACUGCCGACACAACAUGAUGCGACACAUCCGGACGCACACGGGAGAGAAACCCUACCUGUGCAACAUCUGCGGCAGGUCCUUCAGCGACCACUCCAGCCUGAAGCAGCACAGCAGCACGCACACCGGGGAGAAACCGCACCGCUGCGAGAUCUGCGGGAAGGGCUUCCACCGAAAGACGUACGUGAGGCUUCACAUGAAGAGCCACUCGACUGAGAAGUGACUGUUGUGUAAAUAUGGCGGCGUGUAAAUAAAAACUUUGAAAUGAAAAGUUUUUUUUUUAAGUUUAAUGUGCUGAAAUCACCUUUUUCCUCUCGUCGUCACGACCUCUCAUGCGUCCUGGUUGAGCUGUGAUCAUGUGGGAUCUGUAAUGUUUUAUUUACAAUAUAUAUAUGUUGGAAGAUAAAAAUAAUGCAGCUUUUAAUCUGUAAUCAUCGCAGCAGCAGAACUCAUGUUGCAUUCCCACCAAAAGCAAAGUGAAUAUUUGCCCUUUAAUCUGGUUUACAGCGGCACUCUGAGCCUAAAAUAAACAGAUUUAAUGUCAAUAAACGGAUGAAAAUGAUGCUGAAAUAACCAAAUAAAAGUUGUAAGAAGUCUGAAUUCAGACUUUGUCGACUCUGUCUGCAAGAUGACGAGCAAACAACUUUUAAAAUGCUUGUUUUCUGAAUGGAGUUUGGUUGAUCAGGACAAUGCCAACAGCUGUAAUCAACAAAUUACCACCAGAUUCUUCAGUUAGUUGGAAGAUAAAAAUGAUGCAGUUUUAAAGCUGUAAUUAUUAUUUGCCACUUGAGGGCAGCAGAACUGUCUGUAAACACAUCAUAUAAUCACCAUUAUUAAGUAAGUAAUGGCAAAUAUUAGCUGCUUAUUAACACUAAACCGCCAAUAACAAGUCACUUAAGUCAGAACGCUUCCGGAAAUCCGUGUUUCCACUGUUGUAAAAAAUGAAUGGGGUUAGAAUAACAUGUUGGUUUUUUUUGUGAAAAUAGAGGCUGUUUCAUAUUCAUGGAAUAUUAUAUUCUCUAAAUAUUACUGAAUAUGACGUCACAGUAAAGGAAAGUGUCCAUCUGAUGAUAUUAACCCUCCAACUUCAACCUCAGUUCACUAACUGUUAGAUUAAUACUUAUACAGGAUAUACACCAAUAUAGAGUUUUAUUUCUAAAUAAAGAGUUCAGUAAAGUUCCUGAAACAAACAGGAGGAACUAGUUUGUUGGGGUCUAUUUUUAGUGGCGGAUUAAUCCACAUGUGGUCCUCUAGUGGCAGCAGGAUGGCGUAUAAAUAGACUACAGUGUGAAGGAAGAGUGUGUCUCACUGACGGUUACCAGGCUUUAAAAUACUCAGUCCGUGCUGCGUUCAAGUGCAGUGGGAAAGAGGGCAGAUACAAGUGGUUGAGGAAACAUCUGUAGCAUGUUGGGAUGCAUCCGUUGAUGGUCGUCUCAUCCUCUGAUCAGUCUCAGUCUGGUGCCUCGUUGCCUUUCAUUUUGCCCGUUCGUGUCUUUACCAAAACCUGAUCUGGAGAAUCUUAUCUGUAAAACUUUUAUAAUUUGUUAUAUAUCUGCAUAUUUUUACAUUUUCACUCAGAUUUAGUUAAUAAUCCCUUUUUAUCAGCAGACAGUGA